GCUUUCUUUUUCUUUUACUUUUGUCAAACCCCCAUCAGUUUCCCUUAAUAUAAUUUUUUGACAAUAUCAUGUAACACUUUUUUUUUUUUUCUGUCAAAGAUUUGUUUCCGAAACACUCUUCUUCUUUUUGGUUUGUUUGUAUGGAAUGACAGACAACAAUCCAAUGCAACAACAACUAGCGAAAACCGAGACUCGUAACGGGGUCGAAAAAGAUGAUCAAAAUAACGACUUAGAACAAAAGGAAACUAGUCGAAAAAGAAAGGCUAGACCGACACCGAAAGCAGACUCGAGUAGUCGUAGUGCAGUUGACUUAGGCUAUGAUUUAAAUCUAGCGACGACUAGUUCUGUUGGUGGUUCGACGAUCGUCGAAAAUGGACCCCAGAGACGGUUAUGGGUUAAGAAUAGAUCAGCAGAUUGGUGGGACAAAUACAAAAGUUCAGAUAUUCCAAAUGAUGAGUUUAAAAAAGCUUUCCAAAUGGGGAAAGAUACAUUUGAGACGAUUUGCAACGAGUUAACGGCUUCUGUCGCUAAAGAGAAUACUAUGUUAAGAGAUGCUGUCCCUGUGAGACAAAGAGUCGCUGUUUGUAUAUGGAGGUUAGCUACAGGGGAAUCUUUAAGACUCGUAUCGAAACGAUUUGGGUUAGGGAUUUCCACGUGUCAUAAGAUUGUACUUGAUGUUUGUGCUGCUAUAAAAGAUGUCUUGAUGCCCAAGUAUCUUCAAUGGCCUAGUCAUGACACAAUGAGACUCAUUAGUAACGAGUUUGAAUCCGUUGCUAAUAUACCGAAUGUCGUUGGAUCAAUGUAUACUACUCAUAUUCCGAUUAUAGCACCAAAAGUUAAUGUGGCUGCUUAUUUUAAUAAGCGGCAUACGGAUAGGAAACAAAAGACUUGUUAUUCUGUAACGGUUCAAGGGGUUGUUGAUCAAAAUGGAGUGUUUACUGAUGUGUGUAUCGGGUGGCCCGGUUCAAUGCCUGAUGAUCAAGUGUUGGAAAAAUCCGCGCUUUAUCAAAGGGCAAGUAAUGGGCUUUUGAAAGGUGUAUGGAUUGUGGGUGGUUCGGGUUACCCAUUGAUGGAUUGGGUAUUAGUACCUUAUACACAACCACAUUUGACAUGGACUCAACAUGCUUUUAAUGAAAAGAUUGGCGAAGUUUUAAAAGUGUCAAAAGACGCGUUUGCUAGAUUGAAAGGAAGGUGGUCUUGUUUACAGAAAAGAACGGAAAUGAAGCUUCAAGAUUUGCCGGUUGUUCUUGGGGCGUGUUGUGUUUUGCAUAAUAUAUGUGAAAUUAGGAAUGAAGAGAUUGAACCACAUUUGAUACCUGAAGUUUUUGAUGAUGAAAUGAUUCCAGAAAUCGCGUUGAGGUCUGCAGUUGCUAACAAGGCUAGAGACUCAAUGGCUCAUAAUCUUUUGCACCAUAAUCAUGCUGGUACUUCAUUCUUGUGAGUUGCAAAUAUCACACUGAGUUUAUUUCUUUACUUAUCUUUCCAUUCCUGUGGGAGUACAGAUAGUAUCAACAUUUUGUUAAAUUCUUUGAAUGGGGUUUUAUUGAUUUUACUGAAAAUGUAUGAAUGUUUGGCAAUUAGUUCCAAUGGAGUUUUUACAGAA